AUGCGGCAGAAGCGGCGUCGAUCCCCCCAGCACGCAGCCUCAGAAACCCUCACCCCGGGGCUGGGAGCCAUUUUGAACCAGCGACCCAGACCGCACAGUCCCCGGUCCCUGGACACGGGUACCACAGAGGGCCUUGUGCCUCCUAGCCUCCCGGCCAACCUGCCGCUACUGCAGCGGGAGCUCCUCCACUGCGCCCGGCUGGCCAAGCAGAACCCGGCCCAGUAUCUGGCUCAGCACGAGCAGCUCCUCCUGGACACCAGCACUUCCUCGCCCGUGGACUCCUCCGAGCUCAUGCUGGACGUCAACGACAACGGCAAGAGGAGGACGCCCGACAGAACCAAAGAGAAUGGAUUUGGGCCUGAGCGGGACUCCCUCCACGCGGAGCACCCCAACAAGAGGCCCUGCACCAUCAGCCCGGGCCAGCGCUUCAGCCCGUCCAACGGCCUCUCCUCCUACCAGCCCAACGGGGGUCUGGCCCACCCCACGCCCCCGCCGCCGCACCCGCACCCGCCGCCCCACCCGCCACAGCACUACCGCCUGGACGACAUGGCCAUCGCCCACCACUACCGUGACUCGCCCUACCGCCACCCGCCCAACCACAACCACAACCACCGCGGCGGUGGCGGGGGGGGCGGGGGCGGGGAGCUGAGGGAGAGGCCACGGCCGCUGGGGAUGCAUGGGGGGAGUCGACAGGAAGAGGUCAUUGACCACAGACUCACAGAGAGGGAAUGGGCCGAGGAGUGGAAACACCUUGACCAUCUCCUCAACUGCAUCAUGGACAUGGUGGAGAAGACGCGCCGCUCGCUCACCGUGCUGCGCCGCUGCCAGGAGGCCGACCGCGAGGAGCUCAACUAUUGGAUCAGGCGCUACAGCGACGCCGAGGACCUGAAGAAGGGCACUGGCAGCAGCCAAUCACGGCAGCAGAGCCCGGCCGGACAGGAAACCGCCACGCCAGAGAUCCACAGGGAGCUCAUGCACAGGCCCGUGUCUGGUUAUGUUCCGGAAGAGAUCUGGAAGAAAGCCGAAGAGGCUGUGAACGAGGUGAAGAGACAGGCCAUGUCGGAGCUCCAGAAGGCAGUGGCGGAGGCUGAGCGCAAGGCCCACGACAUGAUCAGCACCGAGCGCGCCAAGAUGGAGCGCACUGUGGCUGAGGCCAAGAGACAAGCGGCCGAGGACGCGCUCACGGUCAUCAACCAGCAGGAGGACUCCAGCGAGAGCUGUUGGAACUGUGGGCGCAAGGCGAGCGAGACUUGCAGCGGCUGCAACACAGCUCGCUACUGCGGCUCCUUCUGCCAGCACAAGGACUGGGAAAAGCACCACCACGUGUGUGGCCAAACCCUCCAGGCCCAGCAACAGCAACAAGGAGGAGGGGCCGCCCCGGGGCCCGAGACCCCCGCCCCAGUCAGCUCCUCCUCUGCCACCCCGAGCAGCGGGGCCGGUAGUCCGGCCGCAACCCCGCCUGCCAACGCCACCCCUCGCUCCGCUACCCCAGGCACCCCCUCCACCGCCCUCGAAACCGCGGCGCGCUAAUACUGGCAGACGCUCAACCCCCCCUCCCCUCCCACAUAUACUCCAUCGUCCCUAACUCUCCUCUCCUCACCUGCCCUAACCCCCAACAUGACUGUCUCACUUGCCUCACUUACUCAAAGAUGCUAAUGCUAAAGCGAAUGUGCUAACAAAGAGAGAUGGCGACGAUCAAUCUAUCUUGGACCGAGAAGUGACCACAAAGCAGUAAGAGCUCCAUAUCGGGUCAUAUUGACUUGCCAUGAUUUCAAGAACGCAAAGAUAUUCUUUGUUUUUUAAUUAUUAAAUGUCCUUCAACCUUUACUAUCGCUAUUAUUGUUGUCUAUGUUGUCGUUGUUGUUGAUGUCAUUGUUGCUUAUCUUCCGUUUCCUGUAAAUAUGAACGUAAAGAGACUGAGCAGAAAGAGUGGUUAACUCCAGACAAGUAUAUCUGACCUCCCCAUUUCUUUUCUUUUUCUAACAAAUUGCUUCUAUUUCCUUUACCUGGGAUAUGAAACGAGUUGACCUCACAAAAGACACUUUACCAAACGACAUACCAAGGGAUUUACGACAUGACUUAGCUGUAGCCGUGUCAAGCUAAAGACCACCAAUCCUCUGCUAAAGGAAAUCAGCAGACCCAUGUGUCCUGGAGGGCGGAGAGACGGGCCGACUGGACAGAAGAGGAGCAGACACACAUUUUGGCCAGAAGGAUGGACGCUGAAUCUCUGGGUUGCAAACUGGGCUUCUACAAGAACAGGGCAGAUGUGCACCAGAUUGUGAAGAACCCCAGCUGUUCAUCCUGUGCCCCCCCCCCCCCCCUCCCCCUGCAACCCUCCCCUUCCCACUACCCCCUCCCCCUGACUUUUAAUAAUAUCCAGGUCAAUGGGCUGGGAAACACAAGCUGUCGCACUGAAGGAUGGCAAAGGCAAAGGGAAUAGCAAUCUCGGAUGUGACAUAAAUCUUUACCUUACAUGUGGAGGGGGUACUCUAGUCUAGAGAAUCUUUGGGCGAUGUCAUCGAAUAAAGGAACAGCUUACAAGAAAGGAAGUCAUCAGCCCAACCAUGUGCAAAACUGUCCGAACCUCACGAAGACAGCCACUGGCAACCAAGGGCUGAGCCAUCACAACACCAUGACAUGGUGUCUUUCUCCUCAGACUCUGGACAGUGUAGACCUUCGUACCCAACUCGAAGCCCGCCAAUAUUCCUCUAUACUAUUAUGUUUUCCUCCUUGUAGAUCUCCCAGUGUUUAACAUUUCUGUCCUGUGGCGUCACCGAUGGUUAUUUAUUGUAUAUGUGUUGGACGCUUGUGGAAAUACAUAGUACUUUAAACAGUCACUACUUUUUGGUCCUCAUAUCCCUCUUCUAGCCAGUACAAAAAGAGAAAAAAAAAUGAAACGUAACUUUUCUGAGCUGCUUUUCUAUUUAUGUGUGUAAAUGGUAGUUCCUUAGUAGUUCUUUGAGAAGGAAAGAUGCAUUUUAUUUUUUAUCUGUUUGAUUUUUCAUUUUUUAUUGGUCGUAAUUCUUUUGUCCUCAAGAAAAGACGUGCUAUAUCUCAGAGCUGCUACCACAGUCUGAACCAGAUUUUUUUCUGAGAACUAGCAUGUUACAUGGAAUGCUAACCUUUUAAUGUUUUUGUACAAGGGACGUACAUAAAUGUAUUUGCACUGUCACAAAGGUUAUUUCAGCAUGCUUCUUUUGUCAAAACUUGUUUUUCAGGUAUAGUGCCAUGCUUCACCAAUUUUUGUAUGUAAUGCUAGCGUAUCUGUUCCGUGCAUUUAUUAUUAUUUUGUAAAGCUGGAAACGUGUAAACACAACCCACUUAUUGUUAAUAAUUAGUUUUGGUUUGUUUUUUCCUGACCAAGAUGUCAUAACUUUUACUUUAAAUAGUUACAGACAGUGCAUGCACAUGACUGAACAUUUGUUCAAGUAUUUGUUGUUAUUUUUCACAAAAAAAAAGAAGAAAAAACUCUUAAAAAAAAUCUAUCCAACUAUCCAAAUGCAAAGGUGUAGAUUCAGAUUGACAGCUUUAACAAUGCAGAGCACCAGGUAACACACAGUAUUAACACAAGUUAAAAAAUGUGGACGACAGCCAAAGACUGACACCAAGGACCAAAUCCUGACUCAAGAUAUAAAAAAAGAGGUUUCUUCAAAUAACUGUAUGUUUUUUUAUUUUUUUGCUGUAUUUUUCCAAGCUUUCAUGAGUUGGAGUGGUGGAUGGCGGUUUCAGUUUCAGACUUUAACCCUUUCCUGUUCAGAAGCAUGACCAGCCCUUGCUCAGCUUGUGUGGGCAAACUAAGAAUAGUGUUUCACAGCAUUAAAGAUCAUGUCUUACAGUGGAACAGGAGCAAUAAUACCAAGGGUGUCACAUGACAACCGCUGUAUCCACGACAAUGGAUCACUUGUUGUGUUUGUGAGGUCUCCUCCCACCUCUUAUGUUAGUGUGCUUUUUCUCUCAUUACACAAAUAUCAGACUUUGCCUCACAUCAGCUUUAAGCAGUUGGGGAGUCAUGAACCCUCAAAAGGCAAGAGAUUGCCGGAUUUUUCAAAAGUCAUUUAAACUCCUGGUUCUUUUCUCAGUGCACGUCGGCAGUUAGAUUCCAUACAGAUAACCACGUCCUCAUCUCUGAACGUGAUGUCUUCAACACAAGGCUAACAAACCUCAAUGAUUGGCAGAAAGAGAGCACUUAUCCCAACAUACACAAUGCUCUUUCCCCUAAAUAUCAUGGUGCUGCGUACAAGCGUGUUUCACCUUUGACCUCCUGGUGAGUAGGUUCUACACAGGUUUCAGAUCGUUUGGAGUAUUUUUCUCUCUCCUUCCUCAGCUCUCUCUCUCGUACAAAACCUGCAUUCUUGACUCUAAAGGGUUAAAUAAUCCAAAAAGGUGUCUGACACCAACUCAUGACUCCUCAGAAGCUGUGAAGAAAGCAGCAAAGCUGUUUAACACAAGUGUUGUAUUCAAAAGUAUAAAAAAAAACUAGGUGUGUGUUGAUUGCUAUCAGGGCAAACCUGGGUAAAAACAUGAAGAAAUUGCUUACCGAGUCCUUGAGAAGCUCUACUUAUAUCCCUCCUCUCUCUUCUCUAUGUCUGUUUUGCUACAAAUUCCUCUGUGGCAAAAAGUCUCACUCUACCUCUUACAGCACGAUAAGAGCACCAGUCAAUGAGCAGACACUGGUCUAGUCGAACCAAAUGGGCACAAGAGAACAGGAAAUGAAACCCAAAGUUGAAGCUCAUACAGCUGCAAAACCAUAUCACUACUUGGUAACAAUGCAGACCUCAUGAAGAAAAAAAAAAAAAAAUUACGAAUAGAAUAAAAUGAGAAAAAAAAGAAUAAAAACCUUUUGUUACGUUCCUUUAUGCUUGUCACGUUUCUCGAAUACGUUGAAGCUUUGAUUUGUAAAUAUACAGAUCAAAUAAACUGUGCUACGUUUGAGGAAAGUGGCAGAUCAGUUUUGAAGAUAAAAGAAUUGGUUACAGAUAAGAAAUGGUGUUGUCUCCUUCUCCCUCUUCUCUUUUCUCUUUGUCUCUGUUGUAGGACACGCUUAAUGGCUUGUCCACUAGAUCUGUUUCAAAGAGGAACAAUUCUCAAAAUAUGAAGCUUGUUGAAAAGAUGGAUGAAGGCUUGUGAAUUUAAGCAUGCCAGUUUUUUCCGAAACAGUUUGAGGGGACAAUUUUAUUUCAUUUUCUUAUUUCGAAAGAAAACAUUGGAAAAUUGCCUCGGGGUACAGUUUUAAAGCAAAUAACUAUGAUUUGGGGUAACUCUGGGCUGGGAAUGGGGUGGUUGGGAAAUUUAUUGUGAAAAAACUGAAAUGAUUUGAACUUGUUGUGCAAUACUUAAUUCAAACAGGAACCACCAAAUUGACUGACCCCAGUGGUCUUAACAUCACAUGGGUUUAGUACACUCUAGAACUUUGAGUCUACUAUGUCAUACUUGUGGUUUCUCGUUUCAAUUCUUUGUUUUAUUUUCUUUGUUUUUUAUUUUCUUUUAACUUUUUUGGGCUGUAAUAUAUGGUCUGUCAGUCUGUGAAUCUUUGCAGUAUAAUUCUGGUAUUGUUGUUCUCUUUACAGUGUAAUAAAUAUGUUAAUACCUGCCUUGGA